AUGACCUCCACCAGCUCGCGGAGCUCCUCGACCAUUACGGCGACGAGGCUGUCAAAUCAGCCACCACUACAGCCGCCACCACCUAAUCCAUCUAGUCGAUUCCCAGUCACACCAGCUGUAUUGCGCUCCAUAUUCACAUCGUCGCGUACGCCCCACGAGGAGAGGUCCAUAUCUCGUGUCGCAUUUUUCAGGUUCGCCGGCUUUCUGCUCAGUUGCGUGUGCAUCAGCUUUGCUGCUGCGAGAGGAAGGGGGAUGAGAGGAAGUGCCGGUCUUCUAGGAGUUGUUUGA